CAGGAAAGAAAUCUGGAAAAGCACUGUCGGUCUGCAACACCCUGCAAUCCCUUAUAUGUUACUUUGCUGGCUAGAUUUCUCAUUUGGGCUGGGAUUAUGGGAAACAUUACGGACACUUUGCAUCAAUGUUUGCAGUGCCAGGAUACAAUGUCACUAUACAGACUUGCACUUCGAUCUGUGCAGGAGUUCAUGUCAAGUGCAAAAGAGAAGAACUACAUGAGGGAGAUUCUUUGCCUUAUCAGUGUCAGCCACAAUGGUGUGAGUGAGUGCGAACUGAUGGAGCUGUGCUCAGGAUUAACAUGGCCAGUAUUAAGUUUUCUGAUGUACCACCUACAUAAAAUGGUUGUGUUAAGAUACAGCUGUGGUCUGCUCCAGUUUCAGCACUUACAGGCAGGAGAGGCAGUGAGAAUGGAGUAUAUGCAAGGAGGGCAGAAUAUUGUCUCAGAGUACAGAGAGAAACUUGUGCAAUACUUCAGCAUACAACUAAGCCGUGACCGUGUGACAUGGAGGAGUGCAGAUGAACUCACUUGGUUGUACCAGCAACAAGGCGAGAAACAGAAGCUACACAAAUGUUUAAUGAAUCUCUUUGUAUCCCAGAAUCUCUAUAAAAGAGGACAUUUUGCUGAGCUGCUCGGCUAUUGGCAGCUUGUGGGUAAG